GUGUAUAUGUUUUGUGGUGGCUAGUGUCGUGACAGGCUUGACACCGACAGUCCACUAUAAUCGUUAAACCUAACCUCUAUUUAACUUUUUUAUAAAAUGUUUUGUGGCAAAUUUUUUUUGUGUCAAACACGUUGAGUGAUUACUAAUAAACUAAUGUUUAGGUUUUGUAUUUGAGCAAGACCAAACGAACAAAAUGAGUAACCUAAUAAUUGUAUUUUUCAUUGUACUGAUCCACAAUACAUCGUCAGAAUUUUCAGCAGAAGACUGUUGGGCUCUAGGAUUCAAUAAGGCUAAUUUAUUGUGCUCAUCAUGUGAUCAACUCCCCAAAUAUAAUCUCGAUGAUUUAGUGAGUCAUUGUCGAGAUUGCUGCCACCCAGAUGAAUCAGGUAGUACAGAAAAAAUGUACCAUAAAGCUGUCCUGGAGGUUUGCACUUGCAAGUUUGGUGCUUAUCCUCAAAUACAAGCAUUUAUUAAGAGCCACCGACCAUCUCUGUUUCCUAAUCUACAAAUUAGAUAUGUGCGUGGAUUAGAUCCCAUCAUCAAGCUAUAUGACAAAGAUGGCCAUUUGCAGGAGACAGUAGCUAUUGAAAAGUGGAAUACCGAUUCUGUUGAGGAAUUUUUAAAUACGCAUUUAGUUAAAGUUAAUGAUGAUGAUUAUUUAAGAACAAAUAUGGUUUAAAUGUUUAACCAAAUAUAAUUGUUAAUAAAAUUGCUUUAUUAUUAUUACAAAUAUACAUUUUCUAAAAUAUUUAGAUAGUAAACAUCACAUCACAAAGUAUUAAAUCAAGUCUGGAUAGAGAGUCCCAUCCAAGAGAAUUCAAAACUUUUAGUAAGUUUUUUUGCUGAAAAUAUUUGGAAUUGGUUCCAUAUAUGAAUGUAGUAGGACUAGGUAGCCUCAGCAUUAAAAAUAUCUCAUUAUUUGUGUACAGAAGUCCUGAGGUAGCCAAUUUUAUACAUUACAUUCUAAUUUAGUUUUGAAUUCCAUUGGUCAGUGCUUGUUUUGCUGCCCUUACACUUGAUGUUUAAUGAAUCAAACAAUUUUUUUUUUCUUUUAUACUCCCACGAAGGCCUAAACACCCAUUGGGUACCGUGGGGCUAUAGCUAAGAGAAAAGUUUCUCCUGGGACGGGAUUCGAACCCGCACAGCGCAUGCGACUGAUCAGGAGACCGAAGAGUCUACUACUGCAGCCACCACUGCUGCCUGAAAAUGUAUUGUAAAGCAAUUUCUUAACAAAUAUAAAUGAAUUUAACUCAU